UUCAAAAGGAAGAAAAAUGUUGAUAAAACAUUCGAAAAAUCAUCAUAAUCAAACAAUGGCUCAAUUUGACAUUUUUUCAAUAAUGAAGCUGAAAUGUUGGAUAAUUUGCGUGCUCUUACUUGUUGGAUUGCCAUUCGCGAUGAAUAGCAGCGGCGACGAAAUUCGAGACAGCGGCGGAUCAAAGAGUCACAACAACAACAACAACCGACUUCGUCGUGACACACAUUUGCUUCACCCGCCGGGAUACUCUCAGCUAUUUUCCGUGUCAGCGGGCUCUCGGUACAUCGUGAUGCCCCAAAUUGACAGUCCGCCUCUCAGCAAUGCGCACGAAACGAAUGUCCUUCAAACGGCGAGCAUGAUGACGACUCUCGCGCCAAAAAGUUUGCCCCAAAUUCAAACGAGGACAACACAAGCAACCAAAUACAGUGAUAUCCAUAAUAGUAAUUUAAUUUAUGAAAACACAAAAAAUAGUGUAGAUAGUGCAAAUAGUAAGUUAAGUAACAACAAAGACCGAAAGAAUGACGACAAAAGUGAAUCGUCGUCGAAAUCUUCGAAUGUUUUAUCGAUUAGUGAGAGUGUGGAUGAGAGUCUGCUCGAUUUGUAUAAUACCCCGAUGUACUUUGGCACGGAAAAUAGUACGGUAGUUAUGGUGCAAGCGGGUGCUGUGGCGCAUCUGCCAUGCACAAUUCAUCACAUUGGCGAAGGAGUGGUCUCCUGGUUACGACGCAAAGAUGAAACGUAUCAUUUAUUAACUGUCGCAUUAACAACGUACAGCAGUGAUGAGAGAUUUACAACAAUACAUUUAUCACAUUCCGAGGACUGGACACUGCAGAUAAAAUUCGUGCAAGUACGUGAUUCCGGCGUUUACGAAUGCCAAGUCUCGACACAUCCCCCAUCCUCGAUAUUUAUUCAUCUGAAUGUUGUUGAAGCGAGAGCGGAAAUUGUCGGAACGACAGUUCGGUAUUUGACGCCGGGCUCAACGCUCAAACUGAUAUGCCGCGUCUUGCAAAGUACUGAAAAAACUGCCUAUAUCUUUUGGUAUCACAACAAUCGCAUGAUCAAUUAUGAUGUUGAUCGGGGAAUUAAUGUCAGCACGGAAGCAGAUUUUCAUUAUUCAGAGUUGACAAUUCAACAUGCGAACAAAGAGCACUCGGGAAAUUACACAUGUGUGCCCCAAAAUUCGCAACCAGCGUCAACUAUUGUCCAUAUUUUCAAAGGAGAUCAUCCAGCUGCCAUGUACCACGAACAUCGCAGUUCAGCGGGAAAAUCUCAAGUAAAUUUCCUGCUACUUUUGUCCAUUUUAAUAAUUUUUUGUACAAAAUUCACGGAGAAAGUUUUUAGCUUUAUAUCAAAAAAUGUACAAAAUUCAUCACAAUCAAAAUUCUUAUCAACGUCUCACAAAAUAAAUAUUAAUACAGAUUUUCCGCACAUCUUCCAAGAUAUGGAUAUGACUUCAGAUUAUCAGUACAAGCUUCGUUAA